UUGCAUUGAAAAACAGGGUUUAAUUAAGUCUAAGGAGUUGAUCAAGGGUUUUAGUUUAAUCAAUUCUUCUUGUUCCUUUCAUGCUUUGGAAUAAGUUGUAGGGUGAUCUUAAUAUCUUAUCAGUUAUCAUCUUAAAAGUGGCAAAAAAAUAUGUCUUCUGAUGAUGCCAAAGAAGACUCCAGAUCUUUGGCUUUAACUCCAACAUGUUCUAUUGCUAUUGUUAUGACUAUCUUUGUUCUUGUCUCUUUACUUGUGGAGGAAUCAAUUCGUUACUUAAGCAAUUGGUUGAAGAAAAUGAAACGCAAGCCAAUGCUUGCAGCUGUUGAGAAAAUGAAAGAAGGUAAUUGCUACAUCUUUAUCAUCAUCAUCAUCAUCAUCAUCAUCAUGUGAUUGUUGUCUUCAGGGUUGAUGCUUCUUGGCUUCAUAUCACUCCUUCUUGCAGUUACCUCCAGUAGUAUAUCAA